GUCCCCAGAGCCCCCUCUGUAGCUGGCCUCUCCUCCCAGGAACCCCCGCUCAUUCUCAACUCACUUUCUUUCCUCCUCUUCUUGGCUGCUACCAAGGCCUUGGGACGGCACUAGGAGAGGAAAUUUUGUCACAGAAGCCAGAGGGGUCUAACAGGACUGCAGAGGGACAGGGACAGCCUCUGCAUUCUGUCCUAGAGCUGGCCACCUCUGUCAAGCCCGGGGAGCAGUGGGAGAGGAACUGUGGGACUCUCUGGGCAGCAGGAAAGGGGCUGUGGGGCCACAGACAUGCAGGACAGAUUGCACAUCCUGGAGGACCUCAAUAUGCUCUACAUCCGGCAGAUGGCACUCAGCCUGGAGGACACAGAGUUGCAGAGGAAACUAGAUCAUGAGAUUCGGAUGAGGGAAGGGGCCUGCAAGCUGCUGGCGGCCUGCUCCCAGCGAGAGCAGGCUCUGGAGGCCACCAAGAGCCUGCUGGUGUGCAACAGCCGCAUUCUCAGCUACAUGGGCGAGCUGCAGCGGCGCAAGGAAGCCCAGGUGCUGGGGAAGACAGGCCGACCUGACAGUGCAUCACCCCCUGAGCGCUCCCCUUGCCGUGGCCUGGUCUGCAUCUCUGACCUCCGGAUCCCACUCAUGUGGAAGGACACGGAGUAUUUCAAGAACAAAGGCGACCUGCACCGCUGGGCUGUGUUCCUGCUGCUGCAGCUGGGGGAACAGAUUCAGGACACAGAGAUGGUCCUGGUGGACAGGACCCUCACAGACAUCUCCUUUCAGAGCAGUGUGCUCUUUACUGAGGCAGGGCCAGACUUUGAACUGCGGCUGGAGCUGUAUGGGGCCUGUGUGGAAGAGGAGGGGGCCUUUGUUGGUGCCCCCAAGAGGCUUGCCACCAAACUCAGCAGCUCCCUGGGCCGUUCCUCAGGGAAGCGUGUCAGGGCAUCGCUGGACAGUGCUGGGGGCUCCGGGAGCAGUCCCAUCUUGCUGCCUACCCCAGCAGUGGGAGGUCCUCGAUACCACCUCUUGGCUCACAACACUCUCACCCUAGCGGCUGUGCAAGAUGGGUUCCGUACACAUGACCUCACCCUUGCCAGUCAUGAGGAGAGUCCCGUGUGGCUGCCCCUCUAUGGUAGCGUGUGUUGCCGCCUGGCCGCUCAGCCUCUCUGCAUGACUCAGCCUACUGCAAGUGGGACCCUCAGGGUGCAGCAAGCCGGGGAGCUACACAACGGGACGCUCGUGCACGGAGUGCUGAAAGGCACAAACCUAUUUUGUUACGGGAGAGCUGAGGACGCAGACACGGGACAGGAACCGCGGUUUACUGUCGCCAUCAACAAGGAGACGAAGGUCCGGGCAGGCGAGCUGGAGCAGGCCCCCGAGUGGCCUUUCACCCUUAGCAUCAGCAACCGGUAUGGCGAGGAUGAGGUGACCAACACUCUCCAGGUGGAGAGCAGAGAAGCCCUGCAGAACUGGAUGGAGGCACUGUGGCAGCUCUUCUUUGACAUGAGCCAGUGGAAGCAGUGCUGUGAUGAAGUCAUGAAGAUCGAAACUCCUGCACCCCGGAAGCCCCCCCAAGCACUGGCCAAGCAGGGGUCCUUAUACCAUGAGAUGGCUAUUGAGCCUCUAGAUGACAUCGCAGCUGUGACUGACAUCCUGGCCCAGCGGGAGGGCACGAGGCUGGAGCCACCCCCACCCUGGCUAGCCAUGUUUACAGACCAACCUGCCUUGCCUAGCUCCUGCUCGCCUGCCUCAGGGGCCCCAGUCCCAACCUGGACGCAAGCCCUGCCCUGGGGGCGACCCCGAACCUUUUCCCUGGAUGCUGCCCCUGCAGAGCACUCCCUUGGGCCUUCUCGCUCGGUUGCUCCCCUCCCCCGGCAGCGAUCCCCACAAUCCAGAAACUUCUACAGCAAAAGUCAGCUCCGUACAUGGCUCCAGUCUCCGGUGUGAGAAAAGGCCCCAGCAAUAGGAUGUGGCCAAGAAAGAAAAUGGCCGAAGGGCAACUGCGCUCUAGGCCCAGCACUGUGGGGCCAGCUGGCCAGCUCCAGCUCCCCUUCCUCCCCUGGACUAGGAAGGAAGGCUGGGGAGGGGUAACAGAAACCCCUCUUAAAUUGUGGUUACCAUGGUACUGAGGAGACCAUUCCUGGAGCUUACUGCGAGCCUCUAAGCUCUUCCUGGGGGAAAACUGGAACAACCCUGCCCUGCCUCCCUGCACUAACCAGCCUCGAGGGCAGCACUGGAGAGAGGGAGAAAAGGGUCUCCCUUGUGACCUGGACAUCUACCAUUAAAGUUAUUUAACUGCUA